AUGGGGAAGCCCGAGAGCCCGGUAGGGAUGGUGGAGAUUGCCGGCUGGUCGGGACAGAAGCGCCCGGGCCUCCUGGAGGGGGGGCUGCUGCUGCUGCUGCUGCUGCUGAGUGUCGCCCUGGUGGCCCUGGGCCUCCUCUACGCCGCCCGCGGCGGAGGGAAGCAGCCGCUGUGCUUCUCAGAGGACGAGAAGACCCUUGUAAAACGAAAACCCCGAGCAGGCCAGGUUUGAUGGGGUGAAAUCUGCACCACCCCUGGCUGCGUCAUAGCAGCCGCCAGGAUCCUCCGGAACAUGGACCCGUCCGGGGAACCGUGUGACGACUUCUACCAGUACGCGUGCGGAGGCUGGCUGCAGCAUCACGUGAUCCCCGAGACCAACUCCCGGUACAGCGUCUUUGACGUCCUUCGAGACGAGCUGGAGAUCAUCCUCAAAGGAGUGCUGGAGAAUUCCACCGCCAAGGACAGGCCGGCUGUGCAGAAAGCCAAGAUGCUGUACCGCUCCUGCAUGAACGAGAGCGUGAUAGAAAAACGAGACUCACAGCCCCUGCUGAACAUCUUGGAUCUGAUGGGCGGCUGGCCGGUGGCCAUGGACAAGUGGAACGAGAGAGUAGGCCCCAAGUGGGAACUGGAGCAGCAGCUGGCCCUGAUGAACGCGCAGUUCAACAGGCGCGUCCUCAUCGACCUGUUCAUCUGGAACGACGACCAGAACUCCAGCCGGCACAUCAUCUACAUAGACCAGCCCACCUUGGGCAUGCCGUCCCGAGAAUACUAUUUCGACGAAGGCAACAACCACAAGGGGUUUAACUGGACCCUCUUCAUACAAUCUGUGCUGUCCUCUGUCAAAAUCAAACUGCUGCCAGAUGAGGAAGUCGUGGUGUAUGGCAUCCCCUACCUCCGGAACCUUGAAGACAUCAUCGAUGUCUACUCAGCCAGGACCAUGCAGAACUACCUGGCCUGGCGCCUGGUGCUGGACCGCAUUAGUAGCCUGAGCCAGCGAUUCAAGGAUGCGCGAGCUAACUACCGUAAGGUGCUCUACGGCACGACCGUGGAGGAGGUGCGCUGGCGAGAAUGUGUCAGCUACGUCAACAGCAACAUGGAGAGCGCCGUGGGCUCCCUCUACGUCAGGGAGGCCUUUCCCAGAGACAGCAAGGAUGCGGUGGGUGCCCUGUGCUCAGUCUGUCUGUGGCCCCUCCCCACAGGGACGCUGCCCAUGGUGGGUGGGGGCACGGUCACCGACCGGCCCCGAUGUCGUCCCUAGGCCAUGAGCAUCCGGGAACAGAUCGGGUACCCAGACUACAUCCUGGAGGAGAGGAACAAGCACCUGGACGAGGAGUAUUCCAACCUGAACUUCUCGGAGGACCAGUACUUUGAAAACGGUCUUCAGAACCUCAAGGCUGGUGCCCAGCGGAGCCUCAAGAAGCUUCGGGAGAAAGUGGACCAGAACCUCUGGAUCAUCGGGGCGGCCGUGGUUAAUGCAUUCUACUCCCCAAACCGAAACCAGAUAGUAUUCCCCGCUGGGAUCCUGCAGCCCCCCUUCUUCAGCAAGGAGCAGCCACAGGCCUUGAACUUCGGGGGCAUUGGGAUGGUGAUCGGGCACGAGAUCACUCACGGCUUUGACGACAACGGCCGGAACUUCGACAAGAACGGCAACAUGCUCGAUUGGUGGACCAACUUCUCAGCACAGCACUUCCAGGAGCAGUCGGAGUGCAUGGUCCACCAGUACGGGAACUACUCCUGGGACCUGGCCGACCACCAAAACAAGUCUCCGGGAGACUAUGUCCCCCGGGAGAGCAUCUUGCAGGCCCUGGGCAUCCCGGCGGAGGGCUGUGCCAGCGAGGCGCCCCAGGUGAGCUUGGGCCUGGGGAGCACGCCGCCCGCUAAGGGCAGCAGCUCCCCUGGGUUGAGUGCUGGGUACGACCAGCCUGGGGAGGGUCGCAGUUUGCCCAAGGUGACCACAGCCAGUGGUAGUGGGGUCCUGGUGGCUGACCUCCUGUGUCCCGAAUAG